AUGUGGGCAUCUUCCUGUAGUGAAUUAAGCAGUGUUGUCUACACAUCUGUCGCAUGGUUUUUCUCUUAUGCUUUCCCCAGUGGGAGAACUGUGUGCAGGAGCGUGGUGUCUUUGCUGAAUACAGAUUGGAACAAAUAUGAUGAUCGGUUGAUGAAAGCAGCUGAAAGGGGAGAUGUGGAAAAAAUUUCAUCUAUCCUUGCCAAAAAGGGAGUCAAUCCUACUAAACUGGAUGUGGAAGGGAGAUCCGCAUUUCAUGUUGUAGCGUCGAAAGGAAACCUGGAUUGUUUGAAUACCAUUCUUGUACAUGGGGUUGAUAUCGUAGCCAGUGAUGCUGCAGGGAGAAAUGCGUUGCAUCUUGCUGCAAAAUAUGGACAUGCUCUUUGUUUGCAAAAGUUAUUACAGUACAAUUGUCCAACUGAAAAUCUGGAUCUUCAUGGUAGAACUGCUCUUCAUGAUGCCGCUAUGUCAGACUGUUCCUCUAGUAUUCAGCUACUGUGUGAUCAUGGUGCCUCAGUGAAUGCCAGAGAUGGAGAUGGGAGGACACCCCUAGUGCUGGCCACUCAGAUGUGUCGUCCAACAGUAUGUCAGCUUCUGAUCGACAGGGGAGCUGAUGUGAAUGCCAGAGACAAACAAAACAGGACUGCUCUAAUGUUAGGCUGUGAAUAUGGCUGCAAGGAUGCGGUCGAAGUUUUGCUCAAAAAUGGUGCAGAUGUUAGUUUGGUUGAUGCCCUUGGUCAUGACUGUUCUUACUAUGCCAGAAUUGGUGACAAUAUUGACAUUUUGGCCCUAAUAAAGACUGCCAUUGAGGAUUCCAGCAAAGCAAAGGAGCUUAUGAAGAAAGGACAGCCGGAAUAUAAGGUUACUAAUGUGUCACAGAAACGGAAUCAGCUGUAUGCACAAGAAGUGAACUUCAAGCAGUAUCAGAGGGAACAGCUAAGCAUGCAGGAACUGGAAGCAGAAAAUGAAGAUUUGAAAAACCGAUUGAGAGAGAUUCAACAGGAUCACAGAAUACUUUUAAACAGAGUCAGUGUAUUGGAGCUACAACUGAAUGAGGAGCAAAUGGUUGCAGAUGAUCUUGAGAGUGAGAAAGAUGAGCUGAGAAGACUCUUAACAGCCAAGGAAAAACAGCAGGAAGAAAGCUUAAGAAGUAUUGAAGCUCUGAAAUCUAAACUUAGACACUCUGAGCGUGACUAUCUGGGCUCUGGAAGCGAUUCUGGGAAAGAAGAUAUGCUGCUUAAACAGGGUCAAGUAUUUGCUACAGAAUCACAGACCAAGUCUAUGCUGAGACCAUUGGAACUGUCACUAUCUAGCCAAUCUUCCAGUUCUGAGAAUGAAAUUCUAAAGAGAGAGCUAGACAACAUGAGAAUCUCUUAUGGCACAGCAAAAGAAGAAAUAAGCAAACUUCAGAAAGAGCUGUCUCACAAGGUAGCUGAAUGCAAAGCUUUGGCAUCAGAGUGUGAAAGAACCAAGGAGGAAUCUGACGGACAGAUAAAGCAAUUGGAAGAUGCUUUAAAAGAUGUGCAGAAGAGAAUGUUUGACUCAGAAGGCAAAGUAAAGCAAAUGCAAACCCACUUUCUUGUGCUGAAAGAUCACCUGACUAACGAAGCAGCUAUAGGAAGCAAUAAGUUAACAGAAGAUCUAAAGGAUCAGUUGAAAGACAUGAAAGCAAAAUAUGAAGGAGCUUCUGCAGAAGUAGGCAAGCUACGGAACCAAAUCAAGCAAAAUGAAUUGUUAGUUGCGGAAUUUAAGAGAGAUGAGGGGAGGCUGGUGGAGGAAAACAAAAGGUUGCAGAAGGAACUCGGUAUGUUAGAGAUGGAGCGAGAGAAGAGUGGGAGAAAUGUCUUGGAGGUACAAGGGCAGCUAAAAGAAAUGGCAGCAAAGUUAGUCCUCUCUGUACCUGUUGAGAAAUUUGAAAAUAUGAAGAGUUUAUUAUCAACUGAAGUGAAUGAGAAAGCAAAGAAAUUAGUAGAGAUGGAAAGAGAGUGUGACAAACUGCAGGCAGAGCUUCGGCUCUUAAAGAGGGAAUUUGAGAGUCAGAAAGCUAAAUUUUCUCAGUACGUGAGGCCAGAGGAACACGAACAAAUGAGGGGCAGAUUUGAGAGAAAAACCGAAGAACUGGAAAAAACGAUUUCUGAAUUGUCAAAGAAUCAGACCUUGCAGAAGGAAGUGGAAAGGGUUCACCUGGACAACAAGCUGCUUAAGCAGCAAAUACACACUUUAAAAACUGAGAUUAAAAGCCAAUAUGUGCCUUUAAAACUGAAUGAAGAAAUGAAAAAAACAAGUGAUCUGACUAUUGGGGGUCUGACCAAAAAACUUGCUGAAGUAACACAAAAGUACAAUGAAAACAAAGCAGAAGCUGAGAAGUUGAUGAUAGAAAAGACCAGUUUAAGUGAGACUGUAAGUCACUUCCAGGCUGUGUACCUGUCUCCAGAAAAGCACGAAAAAGAAGUGGCAGCCUUAAAAUCCAACGUUGUGGAACUUAAAAGGCAGCUUGGUGAGCUUCAUCAAAAAUAUGAUGCUGAACAAGCAAAAGUCUCCAAACUAGUGUCUGAAAACACAACUCUGAGGGACACUCUGAAUGAUCAGUAUGUACCUGCCAUAACACAUGAGGAGAUUAAAACAGUCUUGAACAGCACAUUAGAAAAGACUAAUAGAGAGCUGUCAGAUCUGAAGGAAAAAACUGAAGACAUAAAGCGAGAAUUUAUGAGAGUAAAUGAAGAGAAUGGAACUUUGAAAAAGAAGCUGAGACUUCUACAGAACCACAUACAAACAGAGUAUGUAAGUGUAACAGAUCAUGAGAGUAAGGUGUCUACCUUAAAUAAAAGCCUGCAAGAGUUACAGGACAACAGCACUGAGACGUUGGCUAAAUAUAAGAGAGGCCAAGAGGAAAUCGUACAGUUACAUGCAGAAAUUGAAGCCCAGAAGAAGGAACUUGACACAAUUCAAGAAUGCAUUAAGUCCAAAUAUGCCCCAGUUGCCUGCUUUGAAGAGAGAGAGAAAAACUUUGAAGCUAUGGUGAAAGAACUAAAAAAGCAGUUGCUAGAACAGACACAGAGAUGCAGAGAAUGGGAGGAGGAGACACAGAAAUACAAACAGGAAAAUGAGAAGUUAAAGAAUGGGGUUUUGUCUAUCGAAAAUGACUUGCAACAAAAUUACAUUCUUGCUGAGAAAUCACAUGAAAUGGAAAAAAUGUUCACCAGCAAAAUGGAAGAACUGAAUAAGCAAUUGAGAGAAUUACUGCAAAAAUACACAGAGAUAAAACAUGAAAAAGACAAGCUACAAGAAGAAAGUGCUAAACAGAUUUCCGAGGCCCUUGCUGUGCAAACUCGCAUGCAGGGUCACUAUGUUCCAGUGGAACAGUUUGAAGCCUUGAAGAGAACGCUUGGCCACACGAUAGAGGACCUAAAAGAAGACCUCAAUAGUAAGAAGGCAUGUUAUGACCGAGAACUAGAAAAAGUAAGAGAACUGCAGCAGGAAUUGGCUGAUCUACAUAACUUCUCAAUAUCUUUGGCUGAACACACACAGAUGAAAGAAGAAUUUGAAAAAGAAAUUGUAGCAGUCAAAACUAGCUUGAAAAAGGAGGUGGAAGAAAACCAAGCAAAAAGUAAGGAAAUCUCUAAACUCCAGUCUGAGAUUCAAAGUACUAAACAAGCUUUAACUGAACUGGAGAGCAAAGAAGUAGUUGAUAUGUCGGAGUAUAAAUCCAUGAAAAGUGCCUUAGAGACCCAGGUUGCUAGCAUAUCUGGAAACUUGGCCAGCUUGAAUAGAAAAUAUGAGGAAAUGUGUGAAGAGGCUUUGCAAGCCAAAAAAGAAGAGCUUUCUGCAAAAGAUGAAAAAGAAUUGUUGCAGUCAAGAAGCUUCAGCAUUGAACAAGAAAUUAAGGACCAGAAAGAGAGAUGUGAUAAAUCUUUGACAACAAUUACUGACUUGCAAAAAAGAAUACAGGAAUCUGCAAAGCAAGUGGAAGCAAAAGAUAACAAGAUAACAGAGCUGCUUAAUGAUGUAGAACGACUAAAGCAGGCUCUUAAUGGCCUGUCUCAGCUUACAUACACCUGUGGGGUUCCCUCAAAGAGACAGAACCAACAAGUUGAAAUGCUCCAGCACCAGGUGAAAACCCUGCAGCAGCAGCUGGCUGAUGCUGAUAGACAGCACCAAGAAGUCAUUUCAAUUUAUCGGACGCAUCUUCUUAGUGCUGUGCAGGGCCACAUGGAUGAAGAUGUUCAAGCUGCCUUACUCCAGAUCAUUCGAAUGAGACAGGGGCUUGUUUGUUAA